AUGGAGUUAGUGCGCAAGCGUCCGCAACGCUCGAAGGUCGUUGAAGCUGCGCGUAAGGACGAGGAAACAAGUGCGACGCGGCAUUGCAGUGAUAUAGAAGAGAAAACUGCAGUGGAAACGACGAAAACUGAGCUGGAUGCUGUGCAGGAUCUACCCGCGUUAGACGAGCAGAUUCGCUGCAAUGAGGAGGACGUGAUGUCGUUAUUUGCACAGGAUGGGGAGAUGAAGAGCGAGCAGGAGCUUGUUGCAGCCAUGGAAGAAACAGACUUGCACCUUGUGCACGAGCAGAGUACAGAAGAAAGUCGCGACAAUGGUACGAGUCAGCAGGAACAGGACGUCAAUGUCGAAGAAAAAACGAAGAGAAUGGAGACUGUCGACGACGAAAGUGCUUGUUCACGUGUGACAUGGAGCGAGGGCGAAAGCAUUUCCGCGCCUUCCGCUCCAGCCUUUGACGAAGAUGAACCCGACCUUUCGGCCGUUCCAGCAAUGGCUGCACAUGUAAACCAAACGUUCGGCGAGCAGGGCAUCCAAUCGUCGUUGCCACAAACGCGGACGUCGAUGCCACGUGCUUUCCAUGAAAUUACAGUAGUUGAUGACGUUGAUGCAGCAGUAGUACCUUCGGCCCCCCUGGAGUUUAGCGAUGACGACGUGGCUGAUCGCUCGAGCACGACUCCGUCGGCACCGUCGUUAUCGCCUACUGUGUCAAAGAAGCUUCAUCGCACUAUGGCAUCACCGCAGAAUUCGGAGAAGCCGAGUGCGACAGCAAAGAUGACAUCAAGAGCAGCAGCAGCAGUAUCGGUGGAAGGUGCGAGCGUAAGGGUGCGAGAAUCCUUGGCCAAAUCAUUCCAGGCUGCAGAACAAGCUGGAAUGCAUAGCAUAUAUCCGCCAAUGCCGCAACAACUUAGCGAAAUGACGACGUUAGCAACGGAAGAGGAUGGAGGUGGAGUCGAAGCAAGUUACCAGCAGCUUCUCAAGAAAUCGCAUAUUCGUGUGAAGUUGGACCCAUUCACCAAUUACGAAAUGACCCUCAUGCGAGCCGAGGCAUCCAAGAAGCGUCAAGAAUCGAAGAUGCGACACAUUGAGAAUGACAAAGGAGAGUUGUACGCACGAGUUGAGCGCUAUUUGUACUCGGAAUAUAUAUUGCACGACGCCGCUUCGAUAAUGAACGAGGACAAAGAGAAAACUGACGUGCUCAUCAAGAAAGUGUGGACAUUGGAGAGAAAGCGGGUUUCUUCGUCAAAGCGCUGUGGUGACAACGUGGAAAUCGAGCAGCAAAUGGAGUACCAAACUGCAAAGUUAGAGACAGUUCAGCUAGAGAAGCUGAGAGCCCAUCUCGAAAAGCUUCGUCAGCAACGAACGGCGAAGGCGUCGAUGCACACCUUUGACCGCGCGCUUUCCUAUUUCCGCGUUGAGCAAUACUUGAAUAGCGUGUUGCAAGAGCCGGGUCUGGUUACGUGUCUGAGUAACAUGAGCUCAUUCUGCGGGAGUUCUGGCAACAUCGAUGAUUUGGGCGUUGUCCCGGAGAGUGCGAGCUUUUACGAGACUUUUCCCGAGACUUCGUCGCUCGCUUCGUCGGUAGAGCACCUGAAGUAUUGUAUCGAUGUGCUGAUUUUCUUCGAGAAAAAGGUGACUUUGGAGGAAAAAGGAGCGUUUGGACGCGUGCCGCGGUCAUUUCACCGGGGAGAGCUUAUCUGGCAUAGCAGUGAUGCGAAGACACGUUACAGCGCCGCGGGUGGUGCUGGUGCAGAGCAAGAACGGUCGUGGUUCUUACGAUUCUUGCAGUUUCCACGGGCCAUGGUGCGCACAGACGGAUCGGUAAUAAGCGCGUGGAGCGAAGAUCUUGUCGACCACUAUAUUGCGAUGUUGCAUCUGGUCUUUCAUCCUGAGAAAUUACGGAGGAUGUCGGUCCUUGUGUCCAGCGGACCUUCCAGUGGUACGAAACUUGCGAAGACUGCCAACGUGGGUGCACCGGAUAGAAAAGGACUUGUUUCUCCUGAAUGGGUCUUGUUGGAAAAUCCGGAAAUGCUGGAUCGGUAUUUCCUGUCGGACGAGGAUUUCGUCGCUGUUCUGAACCAAUUUCCAAACGUGUUUGCUUUUGAGCAGUUAUUUGGAUGCACUACGGACGUGAAAAAGUGCUUUCGUCGAGCUUUGACGCUGGUGCUGGAAUUUACUCAUAGUCUGCGAGUAUUCCAAGAGUUUGAGAAGUUGCCAACGCGAAUUGCGCAGCUUCUUGGACAACUGCUUCUUGAUGCAGCAGGUCUUCCUGGGUCAGGCUGUACAGAAAACUCCGGCAUGAAAGACGCUGUUUUCUAUCCGACACUCUUCGACCAGCUGUUUCUUACCAGUUUGCAUGGUCUGAUGGCAGCCGACUGCAAUCGUGUGGCGUGGAAGGGUCUGUACUUGUUUCCUUAUCAAUCGUUGUCAGCACUGGCGAAGUGGGAUGCAUUGGCUCUGUUGCUGUUUAAUCUCCAAAAUAUACCGACAGAGGCGAAGACGGCUCAAGGAUGGAUGCAGUUUAUUGGCAGAUCGAAUGCUCAGGACGUCGAUAUUCGAGCACCGACACGUCAACACCUGUACGACCUUAUUGCUCUGGAUGCGAAGAGCGCAACAUAUGUCCUAAACGCGGUCGCAAGUCUUGUUGCAUCAUGCCGACCCCCUUCUCGUGCCAGCGACAAUCGAUUUGACGAGCGACAUGACUUGGUCUAUGUCGCAGUACACGAGUUAUUUAUUGCAGGAUACACUGUUGAAUCGUGUCGGCGUGAACUAGGCGAGAAUGGUGAGCGGGCAGCGGCGCCGUUGAGCACGAUUUGUUUGUCGCAUACGUGGGUGCUUUCGCUUCUCGUUGUGCUGAUUUCCAAGUAUCAUCAAUGUGCAGCCACGUGGAUCAACGUGUUCGAGACAUUUCCGAUCAAUCGUUGGGUGCCAACGUCUGAAGAUUUGCUGAAUAUACAAGACUGGCUACAGCUUGAAGAUACAACGGCCCCACGCAGUGUGCUGGCUCGUUUCCUUCUUGACCAUAUCAAUUGGGAGUACGACGUCAAGCUGCAACGGUUGUUUACGCACGCUAGGAUCCAUCGACAUGUUGCUCUCAUGGUUUCCGAAGCAUUGGUUGUUUACAAGACGCGAAACGAACGUGCCAGUGAUCCCGAAGCAGCUAUCGCACUAUCUGGAGGGGGGUCUCCGCAGAAGCUGGAUGUCACUUCGAUUGCCGAAUCAAUUCGUCGCGCUUUAUGGCUAGGCGAAAGGGUGGAUUUUGAGAAGUGGUGCUGGAAACUCAUACUAAAGCUGAAAUUUCAUUCUUUGGAAACAAAAGAGCCACUGUUGCCGCUCAUCGACCUUCGCCACGAUCGGUCGCGCGAGGCGUUGACGUUGCGCAGGUGGUUUUCCGGAGCUUCCGUAUUGCUGACUUUGCCUUCUUCCCGUAAAGUGUUUCCAUUUUAUACCUCGCUAGAGGAGCAAUUCCUGAAACGUCAUGGACAGGCCAAGAACGAUGGAAGCAGCAAAAUAGAGGCCGCGGUUGGUGGAAGCACUGGCGCUCCCAUUCAGCAAAAAUGUCGAAUGCUUCUAACACCUCAAAGUCAAAAAGGAGCGCGCGAAGCUGCUACCGCCUCAUCAGUUUCUGCCACCGCAGCUCCACGAACGGAGCCCAUAGUGGCCUACGUCGUUUGUCAAGUCACGACGUUUGUGUUUAGUGAUCGCCUUGAUCGUUGGGAGCCGUUGCUAGUACUACUGAGAAGCAGUUUCUUCUCGGCAGCCGUGAAAGUGCUCGAAAAUGUGUUUCCUCUGUUAGCACGGAUGAACGAGAAUAAGGCGUGCGGAUCAGAAUCGGUGCUAGACGUAGCGCCACAAACAGAAAGCAAGGAAGAAUUAGAGACGUCAGUCCGACAUAAGGAAAACGAAGGAUUACACGUCGACGGCGAGCGAAGUGGUGAUGCGGUAGGGGAGGGUGAGAAUGAGCUGGAAGCUUGUAUGGCCGCGAUGCAAGCUCUGUCCACUGAUGAACUGUUGGACCUGUUAAACUUACUGCACGAGUUCUCGUACAUCAAUACUGACGAACUCCAUCGCAUGCAAGAAGUUCUGAACAAGGGUUACAUAGGUGGGUGGGAAAGAACAGCCAAAGAUCGGAUUUUGACAAAGCUGCGAUUUGUGCGCAAGUGUAGUCGUUUUCUGCACCCCGUUGUGCUCCCUGCGCUCAUCAACGAGUGUUUUCCUCACUCAAGCACCAUGUCGGUCACAACUUCGGCUUUAUUUCACGGGGCAAUGUCGUGGAUUGCCUCAGCAUUAGGAACUGAACAUAGCACAGGAGCGCUGUCAACGCUGGCGGCAUCGUCGACUAGUGCCGCUUUAUCCAUCCGAAACUCAUUUCUGAGUGCCAAGACACCAAUGCUUCCAAUGUCCGCAAGAAACGAUAUCCCGAAAUCGACGAAAUUGUUGUGCGCGAUGAUUAGACGAUCCUUCGAAUAUUCUACAAACAGCAUGCUGCUUGCAGACUCGAUGUGCUUCUGGAUGAAGGCUUUGUUGCACGUUCCGUUUUGGUAUGAAAAUGCCGCGUUUCGACACGUCUUAGAUGUCAUGUUACACUGCAGUAUGGAAGGUUGCUGUGCUGCGGAGGGUGCAGAGACGAAAAGUGCAGUCAUUGGUGCAUCACUUGAGGUGACGUAUGCACUGGUCGAUUUGCUUGAGGCUGCUUUUGACUCCUUCUGCCAGCUUGUAGCACGGAAUGAGAAAAAGGCAGGGCAGCCUGAGCAGCGUUGUCCUGACAAUGAUCCGGUUGUUGUGAUGAGUUUCCUUCCUUCAGUCACUCCCUCUGUAACGUUUGCUUCACUUUUUGGAAGUUCGUUUGAUGUGGCGCAAUACGUGAGUGGGUGUCCAUAUCUGGCGUUGUGGAGUUUACUUGUUGAGACCCGAAAGGAGGUUCCGUUGUUUCUGACAAUGGGGCAGCUCAUGAUGAAAUUCGAGCCCAAAACCAUGAAGAAGCUGGAGAAAAUGAAGAAAACCGACGGAAGGCUAGCUGCAGCUCUUGAUGCCAUAAGAAAUGAAGACGGCGUUGAUGAAGAGGCGGAUGAAAUGACCCACGUAGCAUCUAGGUGUGCAUCUCGUUUGGGCAGUCCGUUGGCAUUUGGCCAUACCAGCCUCGAUUCUCUAUCGCAGUACAAGAUAUACCGCUGGUGCAACUACUGUUUGGAUCUGCCUGAAUCAGAGCCGGCGCAGGUCAUAUACUGGCAGGUGUUUUUUGCACUGUACUUUGCAGCUGCUGGUGGGUCUCGCAUCUUCGGGCACCAUUUCCUCGACCACACAAGUAAAUGCGACACGAAGGGUAUGCACUUGCGAAAGCGUCUUCAGCUUAAAUUGCGAGCACUUGUGAACUUCUGCUCCAGCCAAGCACAGGUUGUGUUAACUGCAACAGGUGGGUCAAGUGGUCGUACAUCAAACGGUGCAGAUUCUGCUACGGACACGAAAGAGCGGCGGUAUGCUCACUUAGUAGCGCUUUCUCAGCUUUACGGUGCUAUGGGCGCCUGGAUGGAAGAAACGGACCCGAAUCAGUGGCUAAAAGAAGACGAAUUGUCGGCUUUGCCGCGUCACUACGAGGUCGAUCGACUCAGAGACGUUUUGCGCCUCAGUGACGCGUUGCUUAACUCAGGAGAGGGUAAAAUGAAAUGGUCCGAGUUAUCUUUGUGGAUCAAUUGGUGUGGCUUCGAAUUCACUGCUAGACGAAGUACUUGUGAAGUGACCGUUGACGAUGGAUCCGGUAGCAGUGGCAGUUGUUCAAGCCAAUCCAUUUCCCCACCACCCGCAGCACUUGGCGAAGAAGACGACUUCGCGUUCGUGGAAGAAACAUCGGAGCUAGCCCGACGACACAGUACUUUCGAAGGGCUUGCUGGACUGAGUGGUCUCGAUACCCGACCUCUGCCUAUACUACCAGGGCCCUCAAGCCUAGACUUAUUGCCAACAGUUUCGGUUGCGAUGUCACCGGACCGGUGUGUAGUCACACAUUCUAUUCCACUAGAUAAAGCAGGGCUAAAAGCGGUGGCCAUGAAAUACUCGGAGAACCUGUCCGUUUUUGUGACGCUUGACGCCGAAAUGGUGGACACCGUAGCCCAGCUUUACGCCAGUAAAACAAGGGCUGUGACGCAGAGUCUACCAUGCCCGGAAGGCUCGAAUUGUAGUAGUCCUGCAGCAUUUCGGUUUGAAUUUUUGGAAUGGAUGAUCAACCCUCGAGCAGACGACGCUAUAAAAGUGAUCCGUGCUCAGAGUGAGCGGUGUGAUAUGAGCUCUAUGCUGACAACAAACGAAGUGUCAUUGACGGACGAACAUGAUGGCCAAUUUUGCGAUGAUGAUAGCGCAGCCGAAUCUUUGCAAACAUUAGUAUCAGCUGAACGUUUUCUACAGCUUGAUGAAAGUGGCUUUACGCUAUCUCUUCAGAUCUUGCUCAUUGAUCAAGUCGCGCGUACGCUGGGUAUGGAGCGCGAUAAGCUCCAAGAGUUGAAACAAACGUUGACGAAUGAAGCACCGUUGAGUACGACAACAUCCGAUGAUGCCUCGAGGAAUGUUGGGGAAGAGGGCGUUGUCGUGGCGGGCAGUACUGCUGAUGGUAACUUUCUUUCACGUCUUCAAGAGGCAGAGCGAGAUAUUGAGCGUCUACAUGAAAAGGGCCUUGAGUGGUUUCGUCUUUUUACCGAGCUAGAUACAAAGUUAGCUCGGAUGGUGCCAUCAUUACGCGAAGCGCUAUGGAGAUCGAUCAAGCAGCUAGGAUUAGACUUCGUUUGUGUCGACGAGCGCGAAACAUGCACUCUGCUUCAACUCAUGUUAGAAGAUCCGUCCCGCAUCACUCUUCUCAGCGAGUGUUUCUUUCCGGCGGCGGUGCCAUUGCGUUUUGCUGAAAUGUUUGCAAAGUUGAUGAGUACAAGCAGUUCGUCCAAACUUUCGAGCGAAGAGAAGCUCAUGGUCCUGCACCGCUUUGAUUUCCGCGCAUGGUUGGCAACUAAAAGCCCGGAGACGCCCAAUAAAUUCGAUCGCGACACAGUAUUGUGCAUGAUCCUGGGCGAUAGUAGUCACCAGUUUCCUGCAGAUCGCAAGCUCGAUGCAACUGCCCGGAAAUCCAAAGACGCCGGUGCAUGUGACCGUUCGGAUGAAGUGUUACGUUUUUACGCGGAGGUACUUCAACUCUUAUGUGCUGCCCACCUAGAAGAUCACGCUGAAAAAAUAGUGCAUGCUCUUGUUGGGGUUUACGACGACUACCGAUUUCGAACAUCGUACGCGGACAAUACCUCACCUGCUGGUAGCGACGACUGCACGAAUAACUCUAUGAUGGCGACAGUACCGCGCCCAAUGGAUCCUUCAGUGUGGAGUGCAUUGCUUGGUGUUCCACUGGCUCGUUGGAAGGAGCUUCCGGUGAUGCAGAUCAAGGCUUGUGUGACGUUCCUGAGCCAGCAUAUGACCUCGCUGCGGUGGCAAGGCAGGCUGUCCGCUGGCAAUGUCUCCAGCAGCGAAGCUGGCGGGGAAAUUGUACGCGGAAAAGAGUUGCCAAAUGUGGCAUCCAUAUCUUCGGUAGAGUAUCCCGUUGUGUAUUGGCAGCGCCUCGGAGUUUUGAAAGGGUUGCUGGACUUGUUUGCGCUAUGCUGUCGUGCUGCUCCGGAAGAGCAACAGUGGGAACUCAUUACGGCGUUUUUCGAGCCGUUGCUCUCAACACUAUAUCAGCCAGCUACCAACAAAGAAGGUUCGGGGGUAAGCGCGCCAUGGUCCGAGCGAGAUACCCUUUCUACGGGUACUACCGUUUGCUCCUGCUUUGUGGCUGUAUGCUCGGAGUACCUGAAGACCCAGCCAGCAGGCGGUUUGACACGUGAUGUCAGCGAUUUAUCGCAGACACAAACAGCGAAGCUGUCACAAAUUUGGUCGUUCUACCUUACAGCCCUUGUUCCGCACGCGCCUGCCCACAUCUGCAAGCACUUCCAUCAGUUCUUGACGCGACUGGCAUGGGAACACUGGUGUUUGACGUUGGAAAGCGUGCAGCAGAUGCGUGAACUCAUUCAGAUGGAAAAGCAGCUACUCACGGGGGUGGUGACGAUACCCAUGGCACAAGCGGUUCCGCCUCUGCUCUCUACGCUGUCACCAUAUCCAUUUGUGUCAUGGUUAGUGCGCGACGUGUUAUGCCGCACAACAUGGAGGUCAACAAACUCUUGGCUGGAAGCACAAAGCGAGGUUGUCCGGUCGUCUUUCCUGCUGGAAUUCGCGAAGCUGUGUCUCGAGCUGGUACUGGACCUUCCGCACUUUCGCUUUCAGUCUGGUCACGCGCUGUCCACAAAUGUCCUUCCACCUUACUUUGUCAACUUCAUCAAGCAGCAAUCAGUCUUGUGGACGAAUUGGAAAUUGACGAUAGCGGAUGUGAAACUGCUGCAGCAGUUCAUGCUGGAUGCGUUCAAGGAACCGCUUGGAAGUCCAGCGGUUUCAAAAAGUUUGGUGGAAGGCGAGCCUCGUUCGACAGUACCAAGCGCAGCCUUCAUGCAGGACGCGUUCGCAAGACUGCAACUUGCCCUGCGGCUUCUGAGCCGGAUCACUGCACUGCACCAUGACAAACUUACCACUCGAGAAAGCCUGCAGCGGGUCAACCUUUUCCUGGAUAUGGUGCUUGGUGUAUUUGAAUUGAAUAACCGUGGCUCUUUGAGCAGCAAAGCUCAAACGUUUGAGGAUGCCGCGUGGUUAAUGGUACUGUACGGCUCGGGCUGCGCAGCUCUGUACGAGAAACUGGAUGAGAUUGUAAACUUUUACAAAGUGAGCGCCAGAAAAGAGAAUGAUGCUGACAAGAGCACGGACGGUAUUUCCGAAGAAGAUUUGACGGCCACGAUAUCAGGUGUGCUUCGAUUUUGUAAUCUUCCGCUCGUGGAGGUAUUCUUCAAGCAGGUGCAAGACGAGGGAAAGUCGGGCAGUGGUGGAGGUAGCUCUACAUCAUCAGGGCUCAAUUGGAACAAGUGUGGCAAUGUGGUGUUUGUUGAAAUCGACACUCUUGUACGUGAAUUUUCGUCCCGACAAAAAGCAUUGGAGCAGCGAAACUACUGUGGGCGCCAUCCUACGGAUCGCAGUUCGCAUGAAGGCGAGUUUGCAAACAAUACGCAUAUCUCUGCGACAGAGAUACCGGCGGAAGCGAUUGGGGUGCCCUUGGGAAAAGUCCUGUGGACGUUUUUAGCCUUCCGGGGUGGGGAGCUAGCUUGCAUGGGUGCCUGCGGCCGUGCCCUGGCUUCUGUUCACGUAAUGAGUCAGGUGACAGAGAAAAGCAUUGAGCGGUGGGUAAUCGAGGAGCGUCGAGGAAUGUGGGAUGCGCUGGCGUUGCGGCUGCAUGUACCUGAACUAAGUGUCAAUGAGUUCGAGGCGGCGUGUUUGGAGCAAGGAAAACUGCUUACCCUUCAGGUUCUUUUCCUGCAGCAGCUGCGUCGCGCCCCGGUGUUGACCGAGUCGUUGAGUCUGGCGCUGUUGACGAAAUUGAUGGGAUGGAUGGAGUGUGUUCGAGUUGGCAAUAGCGCGUUGGCACAAAUGAAGUUGCUGUUUCUGGCUGCAGAGGUGACGAACUUUGUGUGCAAACCACUGGCUGAGGUGCUACCUUCAGCGCUGAAGAAGCAGGUGCUUCGGCAACUGUGCGAUCUAUUGCUGGAGCUGGGUCAUGCGCGUCGCAACAACGGGUUGAUGAAAGCGAUCGGGCUCGGUGGCUCCUUGCAGUACGGCUUCGAGUUCCAUGUCUCCUGUUUGGCGGCAGGUGUGUUCUUGCGUCUGCAGACACGCAACGGUGCGCCGUUACGAGUAGAUGGUCGCAUCCCCUUCAAGAUGACUCGCACUACCGAAAAGCACUUGCGUUUUCUGGAAACAAUGCUACAGGGUAAGGACGCCCUUCGAUUCGGUGGACGUACUGAUGCGUUGUUGAAUUUCUCUCGAGAUCCACGUCGAAGUCUCGCAGACCAGGACGAAUUUUUCGUGUCGCUUUUUUUGAGCAUGUAUCCUGCGCAAGGAUGGCUACUCGCAAAAUGCGUGCCUUGA